CCCCGUGAGAGGUGAUGUCACGCGCGCUGCCCGUGUACGUUCCAGCUGACUCUUGCUACGAUACCGAGCGCUCGCUUUACCGAGUGCACGAAAAAAGAAAGAAAGAGAGAGAGAGAAAGCAACAAAGAGGGCAGAGGAAUAAUAACAGCCAUCAGUCUUAACCGUCACAGCUCAAUUGUUUAUUAUAUUCUGAAGAGAGGGGACCAUAUUUUUAUUUGCACACAGAGUUUUUCCAGCUCUCUCGAUUCGAUUUAGUCUUAUAUUAUAGUUUACUUGCAGCUUCUUGCCGACUGUUUGAGUCUCUGCCUCCAUGGACACCCGUCCAAACCAACACAUUCGUUUUUUCGGGGAAUAUUUCUGUCCUGGACGCGAGGAGCACCAGUUAAAUGCGAUGACACACGUCAACAAAUGAGCGGCGAUCCCACGGAAGGUUUACUGAAGGCGAAACCAUCGGCACAGUAUUCUUUAAAAGGAGCCAGUGCGUUCGAAGAGGAUGUUGAUCUUGAACUCCGCAAUGUUUCUCACUUGAGCGGACCAUAUAGGACGUCAGUUCACUUCGGUUUCCUAAUGGGAACGCAUUAGGACUUUGAAUACGAAUUUUAAAUGCUCAGAAACUUCCUAGGCGCGAGGCGUUCGUUCGACUGACAACCUCUGUUUUUAGACCAUUUCUACUUUUGAUUGGAGCACUUGAUUCAGUCAACCAGCUCAACUGUCCAGUGAUCUGAAAAAGUUAUUAACUGGUCGAACCCGGUGUUACACCGAGGAAUGUCCAGGCCAAUUUCUCAGCUAUUGCCACCUGACCUUCCAGCAGGGACCAGUCCACAGCUCGGUCCUGCUAACCCUGCAGGUACCACCACCAAUGGCCACCUGAAUAAUUCCAUGGCCAGUCUGAAAACCCUUCUUCAGCUACCUAUUAAAGCGGACCAGAGAGGGAAAGACUGCUGUGCUGAGAUGAAAGAUAAAGAGAAACCUCUGGACUCUGAUGAGGAUUCAUUGGGUGGAGUUGGGGGCAUGAACGGUGGGAACGGCACCCUGCGUUCCUCUAACCAGUCCACCUUCCUCGGCCCACUGCUAUGGGAACGUUCACUGCCGUGUGACGGCGGUCUGUUCCAGCUACAGUACAUGGACCUGGAGGAGUUCUUGACGGAGAAUGGGAUGGGGUGCAUGCCGUCAGGAAACACCUGCAGUACGGCCGCUCAGGUCCCUUCUCAGAGCACGCAGUCGGCCGUACCCAGCCAGAGCUCUCAGUGCCCACCUUCUUCCUCUCCGCCCUGCUCUUCCUCUGCCUCCUCCAUCUCUUCCCUUUCCUCAUCGUCUUCAUCAUCCUCUUUACUGGGUCUGGACGUGCCGCAGGGCCCUGGUCUGCUGGGAGGUCCGGAGUGUCUGCAUGGGGCUCAAACUGUACCACCUGACCCUUCUCCGAGCCCCUCCUGCCCACCUCCACCGGUGGUGCCACCCACCAACGUGGCUGAUGUCAUGGUGAACUUUGAUCCGGACCCCGCUGACCUCGCCCUGUCCAGUGUGCCAGGCCAGGAGGCGUUUGACCCGCGCAGACAUUGCUUCACAGAUGAAGAGCUGAAACCUCAGCCCAUGAUCAAGAAGGCCCGCAAAAUGCUGGUGCCAGAUGAGCAGAAGGAUGACAAGUACUGGAGCCGGCGCUUUAAGAACAAUGAAGCAGCAAAGCGUUCUCGUGAUGCCCGCCGACUGAAGGAGAACCAGAUUUCAGUCCGAGCAGCAUUCCUGGAACGGGAGAAUGCCACCCUUCGCCAGGAAGUCGCUGAUAUGCGAAAAGAGCUGGGCCGCUGUCGCAACAUCAUCAGCAAAUAUGAGAGCCGCCACGGAGACUUAUGAAGAGGGGAAAGGAAGAGAAAAACAGAAGGAAGAGAAAGACACAA